UAACAGACGAAUAUUCGGUGAUAUUAGUAUAAUAUUCAAUACAAAUAUAAAUCUCGUUUUAAAUUAUAUUAAGUAUGUCAGGACAUGGAAGGAAACCGGUUAAACUGCCGUCAUUUGUCAGUUCGCAUGAAGAAUUAGAAAAAAUGUUUGCCUCUUGUCCAUUUAUGUCUGUACUGUUAUCACAACCGAAUAUGAAGGAUAAAAAAUCGGUGAAACAAGUAAAGAAAGAGUCAAAAGAUGAGGAAAUUGCGGAACAGCCAAAUGAUAAAGACACUACAGUGGUUGAAUGCAAUGAUAGUUCUACCGGGAAAGAAAUUUCUGCUAAGUCUGAUGAAACAACCGAGGAAGUAAAAGAAACUAAAGAUACGCGUAACGAUGACAAUCCUCUGAAUGAAGAAGUCAAUAAACAACAGAAUGAAUUGAGCAUUGAACAGUGUAGCGUUAAAAUCGUACAAGAUAAUGUUAAUAAUAAUAAUAAUAAUAGCACUGAAUCUGUUGACGCCUAUAAAAACAAUAAAUAUGAAACAUUGAACUGUUUAAAUUCAUUGUGUAGCAUAAAAAAGUUACAAUUAAAUGAACAAUUUAAAACAUUAACAAUUGAUGAACAAAAUGAAGAGAAUGAAAUACGUCAAAAACAAUUGAACAAAUUAUUUUGUUUAAUUCAAUCAAAUCCAGGGCGUUAUGGUGAAUUAUCUAUUCAAGAUAUUCAUGAACAAAUGUCACACUUUUAUUUAUAGAUGAGA